UGUGAGAGGAGAGAUAUGUCAGCUGUUCAGCAUUAGGCUUUACCAUAGCAGAAAAAAAGAGAGAGGUCUGCUGGCUGACUGUCCUCUCCUGGGGGAUCGACAGAUAGGCUAGCCCUCCAACCUGGGAAUUCUCUCUUCCUGCCAAACGUUUGUUGUUCAUCUUGCGGGAUUUUGGGGAAAAGAAGACAAGAGUCGGAUAUACCUUUCAUGACGGACUGACAUUUUUUGGUAGCAUUUGUCUGCUUUUUUGUCCCGCUGAAAGUGGUAUUUCAGUUCGGAUACUGAGAGGACGUGAGAAGAAAUACAUGUUCCCAGAAUACAGCUAACCAGGUUUAAGUUUUAGCCCUAGGGACAACCUAGGGAGACGGACAAGGGGAAAGCCAAUCAGAAGUGGCUGAGGCCAUCCCUCCUGACAGACCAUGGGAGAUAGGUCUGGGAGAAAACUAGCUGCUGCAAAGAGACAGACCCAGCUACUGGUGGUGAAGGGUCUGGAGGAUGUGGAGGUGUGUGAGAGCGAGGGUUGCUCCUUCGAGGUGACCCUCAACCUGUCCUACAUAGAUGGCACGUGGACCAAGGACGGGGUCAAGCUCAAGUCCAAGCCUGCCUGUCGCAUCACUGCCCAUCGGAAUAAACACACUCUCACCUUCACCCGGGUCACCGUAGGAGACACUGGCCUGUUCUCCUUCCAGACUGAUGGUGCCCAAAGCUGUAUUCAAACCUCAGGUCAACUCAUUGUCAUAGCCAGAGACAUCCAGAUCGUGAAGGAAUUGGAGGACGAGGAAGUGACUGAGAGGCAGUGUGUGACCUUCCUAUGCGAGGUCAACUAUGAGAAUGUGGACGGGCGCUGGUACAGAGACAACACCAGGGUCAAACACGGAGACAACGUCAAGAUCAGCCAUGAGGGUAAAACUCACACCAUGUGCUUCAAGUCUGUAAGGCCAGCAAAUGCUGGGGAGAUCAAGUUCACUGCAGACAGGGUCUCGUCCUAUGCAAUUCUCACAGUAAAAGAGCUGCCUGUGCAGAUAGUGAAGCCUCUGAAAGUGAAGAUUGCUAUGUACAAACACAAAGGCCUGCUGGAGUGCCAAGUGUCGCGGGCCAACGCCCAGGUCAGGUGGUUCAAGAACAGGAAUGAGAUCCAGCCCAGCCAGAAGCACCAGAUCGUCAGCGAUGACAUCUACAGGCAGCUCCACAUCCACGACGUGGCCUCCUCUGAUGAGGACACCUACACCUGUGAUGCUGGUGAUGACAAGACAUCCUGUCAGCUGUUAGUGGAGGAGCAGUCUAUCAGCAUAGUGCGGGGACUGAGGUCCCUGGAGGUGACGGAGCCCAGGGAGGCCUUGUUCCAGGUGGAGAUCAGCCUGCGGGCGGGGAGACCCCCCAAGUGGACCCUGGAUGGAGAGGUCCUGAUGGAGGGGCCUAAAGUGAGCAUAGACCAGGAAGGGACCAUGCACACCCUCUGCUUCAGCAGCACAGACAGCUCUAUGACAGGCCCCGUGCAGUUCAACGCCGGGAAGAGCCGCUCUGCCGCACAGCUCACUGUGAAGGAGCGCCCUCUAAAGGUGGUCCAGCCCAUGCCAGACGUGGAGGCUAAAGAGAACAGCUCGGUCACACUGAGCUGUCAAUUUGCCCCCUCCCCCAGGGUGGUACGCUGGUACAGGGGCCGCACCGCCCUGCAAACGUCCAGCAAGUACAGCAUGAAGACGGAGAAGAGCCAGGCAGAGCUGACCAUCCAGGGUCUCAAGGAGACCGACACCGGCCAGUACAGCUGCAUGGCUGGAGGGUCAAAGAGCACGGCUAAGGUCACUGUGGAGGUGCGAAGGCUUAAGAUCAUAAGGCACCUGGAGCACGUAGAAGUGGAGGAGGAUAGCAACGCCACAUUCACCUGUGAGCUCAACUAUGUGGUCGCCAAUGUGCAGUGGCUCCUGAACGACAACCGUCUUAACGCCAACUCCGUCACCAGGAUCCAAAACAUGGGCACCAUCCACAGCCUCACCAUCAAAAUGCUCCGCCCCCAGGAUAGCAGAGUCACGUUCCAAGCCGGCCUGCUCACCGAGUCCACCUCCCUCAAGGUCAAAGAAAAGCCAGCGGUGUUCCUGAGGUCUCUAGAAGACAUGUCAGGGGAGGAGGAGGGGAAGGUGUGUCUGCAGUGCGAGACCUCUAAGGAAAUGGUCACCCCCAUCUGGAGGAAGGAUGGUACGGUCCUGGCCAGCAGUGACAAACAUGAGCUGCUCAAGUUUGGGAAGUCCUUAGCGCUCAUCAUCCACAGUCUGAGUAAGGAUGAUGCAGGCCACUAUAGCUGUGACCUGGGCACCAGCCAGACCAAGGCCAAGGUCACUGUACAUGACCUUCACAUCACCAUUGCCCAGCGUAUGAAGACGGCCUCUGUUCUGGAGGGCGAGAGCUGCAGUUUCGAGUGCGUCCUCUCUCAUGAUGUCAUCGACGAGUCCUCCUGGACCCUGAACGGUCAACUUGUGGUCAGCAACAGCCGCAUCCAGAGCGUAAACAAGGGCCGCAAGUACAAGAUGACAAUCAGAGAUGCAACCUUGACUGACGCCGGGGACGUUGUCUUCUUCAUCAAAGACCUCAGCUGCAGGACCAUGCUAUUUGUCAAAGAGAAGCUAGUGCAUGUGUUCAGGGACAUGACGAACGUCAAAGCCACCCCAGGGGAGGAUGCUGAGCUGAGCUGUGAGAUCACCAAGCCUGAGGCCUUCAUACGCUGGCUGAAGAACGGCCAUCAGAUCAGGCACAGCCCCCCCAAGUACGAGAUCAGUGUGGAGGACCACCUGGUACGGCUGGUGAUCACAAACACCUGCAUCAGAGACUCUGGGGAGUACUGCUGUGAGGCAGAUGGAAUUGCCACCCGGGCCAAGCUGGAGGUCAGAGAGCUGCAGCACAUGUUUGCACGUGAGCUGCGGGAGGCACGGGGUGAGGAGAAGAGCAAGGUGACGCUGGAGUGCGAGACGAGGUUGCCGGCCAAGAGGGUGACCUGGUUGAAGGGCAUGGCGGAGCUGCGGGCGAGCAAGAAGUAUGUGAUGAAGCAGAAGGGCGUGGCCCUCUCCCUCACAAUCAGCUGCCUGGACAAGGGUGACACUGACGUGUACAUCUGCGACGUUGGCACCAUGCAGAGCCGGGCGCUACUGACCGUACAUGGUCAGAAGGUGUUGAUCAUGGAUGAGUUGGAGGACGUUGAGUGUCUGGAGAAUGACACUGUGAUGUUCAGGUGCCGUAUCUGUCCCAGCGACUAUGUUGGGGUCAAGUGGUACCUGGAUGAGACCUUACUGUACAUCAACAAGCUGAAUGAGAUCCAGGUGGUCCCAGGGGGAUACCACAGUUUAACCUUCAAACAGUUGGCCCAUAAAGACUCGGGGACCAUCUCCUUCGAGGCAGGCGACAAGAGGUCCUACGCCUCAUUGCUUGUUAGAGAGAGACGUCCCACCAUUACCAAAGCACUGGAGGACUGUGAGGCCAUUGAGGGAGGCGGUUUGGUGCUGGUGUGUAUCACCUCUAAACCAUGCCACAUUCUGUGGUACAAAGAUGGCUGCCUAAUGUGGAGCUCCUCAAGGUACUACGUCAGUCGCUCAGGUAAUGAGGCCAGGCUGACAAUCAGGGAGGUCAGUAACAGCGAUGCUGGGGUGUACGAGUGCAGUGCUGGAUCGGUCAGCACCAAGGCCGUCGUCACUGUGAAAGCCAUCCCAGCUGAGUUCACCCAGCGGCUGCAGAGCAUGGAGGUGAAGGAGGGGGAGGAUGUAACCCUGUCCUGUCAGUUCUCCUUGCCAGGGGUUACGUUCCACUGGAGGAGGGGCUUGGAGAACCUCAGGGCUGGAGAGAGGUACCUGAUAAAGCAGAAGAAGUCCCUCAUCUCUCUGACCAUCACCGGCCCGAAACCAGAAGACUCAGGAGACUACACUUGUCAGUGUCGAGACCACAGAACCACAGCCACCCUCACAGUCCACGCUAUCCCCAUAUCCUUCAAACAACAGUUGAAGAAUGUUCAGGCUGAGGAGGGCAACAGUUUCACAUUGCGCUGUGAGCUCUCCAAACCAGGAGUCCCUGUAGAGUGGAAGAAAGGAGAGGAGCUGGUGAGGCAUGGAAGGAAGUUUCAGAUAAGGAAGAGGGAGACCAUAUCGGAGCUUCAGAUAUGGAAAGCUGUGCCAGAAGACAGUGGAGUCUACAGCUGCCAGUGUGCAGACCAAAAGACCACGGCCACCGUCAAAAUCAGCGCCCUGCCCAUUGCCUUCAAGAAAAAGCUGAGGAACGCUCAGAUUGAGGAGGGGAACAAUUUGGUGUUACACUGUGAGCUCUCUAAACCAGGAGUCCCUGUAGAAUGGAUGAUGGGAGGAGAGGAGCUGCUGAACAACGGAGAGAAGUUUCAGAUAAAGCAGAGAGAGUUGGUGAAUGAACUGAAGAUUCUGGAUGCGAAACCUGAAGACAGCAAUAUCUACACCUGCGUUUGUGGCAAUGUGGAGACCACAGCCGGUGUUACUGUCACGGCAAUUCCAAUCACUUUCAAGCAAAAGCUGAGGAACCUGCAGACUGAGGAAGGGAUCACCAUCAGCCUGCACUGUGAGCUGUCUAAAUCAGGGGUCCCUGUGGAGUGGAGGCUGGGAGGACAGAUGAUACUGCAAAAUGGAGACAAGUAUCAGAUGAAGCAGAGAGGUUUGGCACUGGAGCUCAUCAUCAGGGAGGCUCUGCCUGAGGACAGUGGAGUCUACAGCUGUGUGUGUCGAGAUCAGAAGACAAAGGCCACAGUCAAAGUCCUUGCUGUUCCCGCCACCUUCAGAGUGGGUCUGAAGAACCAGGAUGCCCCAGAGAAGGGCAACGUGACCCUGCGCUGUGAGCUGUCUAAGUCUGGCGUCCUGGUGGAGUGGUGGAGGGGGGAGACAGAACUGUCCCAGGACCUGUCAGGGGGAAAGUACCAGAUCAAACUGGAGGGGAGGAUCGCUGAGAUGACCAUUACCAACGUGCAACCAGAGGACAUAGGAAAAUACAGCUGUGUCACUGGAGACCAGAAGACCACAGCUGUAGUUAAAGUGCAAGCUCUCCCUGUGACGUUCAAGCGCCAGCUCCAGAACGCGAUGAUCAAAGAGGGGGACAGUGGGGAGUUCUGGUGUGAGCUCUCCAAGCCUGGAGCCCCAGUGGACUGGAGGAAGGGGAGAGUCAUCCUGAAGUCUGGAGACAAAUAUGAGAUGAAGCAGGAGGGACGCAUCACUAAACUGCUCAUCCAUAACGUGGAGGAGAGUGACGCUGGGAAAUACACCUGCAAGACUAAAGACACCCAGUCAACUGCUGAGCUGACCGUGAUGGGUCUACCCCCCACUUUCAAAGAACAGCUGAGGAACAUGGCAGUUGAGGAGGGUAAGACUGUGACACUACGCUGUGAGCUGUCUAAACCUGCAGCGUCAGUUGUGUGGAAGAGGGGAGCAGAGCUGUUGAAGAAUGUAGACAAGUGCCAGAUAAGGAAGAAAGAUUUACUGGUGGAAUUGAAGAUUAUCGAUGCGAAUCUGGAAGACAGUGGGGUUUACACCUGUAUUUGUGGUGAACAAAAGACUACAGCCACUGUUACAAUAAAUGUUCACCCCGUCACAUUUAUAGAAGAGCUGAGAAACGUUCAGGUUGAGGAGGGCAACAAUGUGACGUUGCGCUGCGAGCUCUCUAAACCAGGGAUGAUGGUAGAAUGGAUGAGAGGAACAGAUCUGCUGCAGAGCGGAGAGAAGUACCAGAUGAAGCAGAAAGAUGCAACGUUGGAGCUGAUCAUCAGGAACACCUUACCUGAAGACAGUGGAGUCUACAGCUGCUUGUUGGAAGACCAGAAAACGUUUGCCACCAUCAGUAUUACUGCCGUCCCAGUCACUUUCAAGCAGAAACUAAAGAACCAAGAGGCUCCGGAGGAGGGUAACGUGAUGUUGCGCUGCGAGCUGUCUAAAUCAGGAGUCUCUGUGGAAUGGCUGAAGGGAGAGGAGCUGCUGAGGGAAGGGAAGAGGUACCAGAUGAAACAGGAGGGGAGGACUGCUGAGAUGGUCAUCAGGAACGUGGUGCUGCAGGACGCUGGGGAGUAUAGCUGCGUCACCGCCUGCAAUGUCAGGACAGCAGCUGACAUCAAAGUUAGGGCCCUCCCUGUAACAUUCACACAAGAGGUCCAGAACGCGAUGAUCAAAGAGGGGGACAGUGGGGAGUUCUGGUGUGAGCUCUCCAAGCCUGGAGCCCCAGUGGACUGGAGGAAGGGGAGAGUCAUCCUGAAGUCUGGAGACAAAUAUGAGAUGAAGCAGGAGGGACGCAUCACUAAACUGCUCAUCCAUAAUGUGGAGGAGAGUGACGCUGGGAAAUACACCUGCAAGACUAAAGACACCCAGUCAACUGCUGAGCUGACCGUGAUGGCGCCUCCCAUCACGUUCAAGGUGAAGUUGAAGAACCAGGAAGUCGAGGAGGAGAACAGUGUGACGUUGUUCUGCGAGCUCUCUAAACCAGGACUGACCGCAGAGUGGAGGAAGGGAGAGGUGCUGCUGAAGAAUGGAGUGAGGUACCAGAUAAGGAAGAGAGCGGCAACGAUGGAACUGACCAUCAGGAAAGCAGUGCUCGAAGACACCGGAUUCUACAGCUGUGUUUACGCAGAAGCCAAAACCUCGGCCACUGUCAACAUCACUGCCAUACCUGUCACCUUCAAAAUGGGCCUUAAGAACCAGGAGGCCCCAGAGGGGGGCAUCGUGAACCUGCGCUGUGAGCUGUCUAAAGCUGGAGUCCCGGUGGAGUGGUGGAAAGGCAAGGAGGAGGUGAGUCCUGGAGGAAGGUACCAGAUGAAGCUGGAGGGAAAGGUAGCGGAGAUGCACAUCAAGAACAUCCAACCGGAGGACGUGGGGGAGUACAGCUGUAUAUUCGGAGAUCAGAAGACCACUGCUGAAGUCAACGUGAGAGCUGCUGCAUCAGUCUUCUUUGAGAAGGAGCUAGAGAGCAAGGUGGUGUUGGAGGGGACGUCAGCGGUCCUCUCCUGUGAGGUCUCCAGCGUUACGGUCCCCGUCACCUGGAGGAAGGACAACUGCAUGGUCACAGACGGGGAGAGAUUCACUUUGAAGAAGAAAGGCCCUGUUCACACCCUGGAGAUCAGGAAGUUGAGUCUGGAGGACGCCGGGGAGUACAGCUGCAUCACCAGGGGAAAGAAGACCACAGCCAUGCUAGUUGUGAAAGAGCGUGUGAUGAUCUUGUCAGGACUGAAGGACAUGAAGAUCAUGGCCGGGCAGGACGCAGUGUUUGUGUGCGAGCUGUCCCACAAGGAGGUAAGCGAGGGCGAGUGGUGGCUGGGCUCCAGCCUCCUGCAGAAGAAUGAAAUGAACCAGAUGAGCUGCUUGGGCCACCAGCACCGCCUGGUCCUGACCAUGACCACGCCGGAGGAGACCGGGACCGUGGCCUUCGUGGUCGGGGAGGAAAAGACCUCCGCCCAAUUGUUGGUGCUCCCCAAACCCAAAGUACUCAUUGAGAAGAAGCCUGGGGACAUCGUCAUCAUGGAAGGGGAGAUGGCCACUUUAUCCUGUACGACCUCUGACCUCUUUAGCCCUGUCACAUGGAGAAGGAACAGGAUGCCCCUCCUGAACGGAGAUAAGUAUGAGACUCGAAAGGAGGGCAAGCUCAACCUGCUGCUCAUCCAUGACACGGAACCAGGAGACUCUGGGAUAUACUCCUGUGACACUGGUGACAUGCAGAGCAGCGCCAAUCUGACUGUCAAUGAGCUGCCUCCAUACUUUGAGGAUGAGCUGCAGACUGUGGAGGCUGAGGAAGGGGGCACUGCCUUCCUAUCCUGUGAGCUGUCUAAGCCUGCGGUCCCAGUCCAGUGGAGGAAGGGCCGGCUACCUCUCAGGCCCAACAGGAAGUACAAGAUGAGGCAGGACGGCUGUGUGUUUCAGCUACACAUCCUGGAGCUGAAGAAGGAAGACAGUGGCAGCUACACGUGCCAGGCAGGUGGUGUGGAGACCACCGCCUCUGUGACAGUAAAGCCUCCCCCAGACAAGACAGAUCCUCCCAAGACAAUUCCUCCCACAAAGACUGCCUCUCCCACUACUCCACCAGAAGAGGCCCGAACUGGCCCUCCAGAGCCAAAGAAACGGGGCAUGACCCGGUCAUCCAUUGUGGAGUCAGAGGAAGAACUGGAGCUUGAGGAAAAAGAGACUGUUGUAAACCCAGAUAAGAAACAGUCAUUAAGGUCUAUGGGUAAGGAGACUAAGGUAGACCAACAGGAGAAACAGAAAGUGAAACAGCCAGUAGGUAUGGUGAAGGAUACCAUAGCAGAAAAGACCCAGAAACAGCUAGUACCACCACUCAUGUCUAAAGGGAAGGAGGCAACUAUGGUGAAGGAUUCACAGAUGGACCAGAGGGAGAAAAAGCCAGUGAAACAGCCAGUCAAAGCUAUAGUGAUGGACACAGAGGAGAAAAAGACUGAAAUAGACCCAAAGGAGAAAAAGAUAUUGAAAGAGAUUGGGGUAGACCAGGUGGUGAAACAGCCAGUUCCACCAGCGAGACGAGCAUCUAUAGUGUCUGAUGCUGGGGUAGAGCAUUUAGGCAAAAAGCCAGUUCCACAUGCGACACAAGCUUCUGUUUCAGUUUUGGAUGCUGGGGUAGACGAGGUGAGGAAACUGCCAGUUCCACCAGCGAGACGAGUAUCUAUAGUGUCUGAUGCUGGGGUAGAGUAUGUAGGCAAAAAGCCAAUUCCACCUGCGAGACAAGCUUCUCUUGUUUCAGUUUCAGAUGCUGGGGUAGACCAAAUGGUGAAACAGACAGUUCCACCAGCGGGACGAGCUUCUGUUGUUUCAGUGUCGGAAGCUGGGGUAGACGAGGUGAGGAAACAGCCAGUUCCACCAGCGAGACGAGCAUCUGUUGUUUCAGUGUCGGAAGCUGGGGUAGACGAGGUGAGGAAACAGCCAGUUCCACCAGCGAGACGAGCAUCUGUUGUUUCAGUGUCGGAAGCUGGGGUAGACGAGGUGAGGAAACAGCCAGUUCCACCAGCGAGACGAGCAUCUGUUGUUUCAGUGUCGGAAGCUGGGGUAGACGAGGUGAGGAAACAGCCAGUUCCACCAGCGAGACGAGCAUCUGUUGUUUCAGUGUCGGAAGCUGGGGUAGACGAGGUGAGGAAACAGCCAGUUCCACCAGCGAGACGAGCAUCUAUUGUUUCAGUGUCGGAUGUUCGGGUAAAGCAUGUAGGGAAACAGCCAGUUCCACCAGCGAGACGAGCAUCUAUAGUGUCGGACGCUGGGGUAGAGCAGAUAGUUAGGUCUGUUAGAUCUAAAAAGGAGAUUGAUAUAGAAAUAGACUAUCAGGACAAACAGCCAGUGAAGUUUAUGGUGAAGGAGACAGAGGUAGACAAGAGAGACAAACAGCCAGCAAGGUCUACAGUACAGGAGAUGGAAAAACACAAGAUUGCGGUGGAUGGUAACCAAGGCCAUAUCUCAGAGGAUGAGUCCUCCACUGAGGCCCCCACCCAGAUAAGAGUCAACCAGAAGACCAACAAGCCUGUAGUUGCUGUAGCUGGGGUUCCCAAGGGGCUCACGAUGACUAAGCAAGUAGAGAAGACUGAACCUGACAUGGAAAUCAGUGUAGAGGACGAACCUGAGAUGCUGGAUGCCGCCAUCAAGAUCCAGGCAGCUUUCAAGGGAUACAAGACCCGCAAAGACAUGCGGCCAAUCUUCAAGCAGGUGUUCAAGAACCAGAACGUUGAGACCAACGGUACCAUCCAGCUAGCGUGCGUGGUGGAAGGGAAGUCCAACGCAGUACGCUGGCUGAAGAGCGGCCAACAGAUCAUAGGAGACCAACGCCACCGCAUGAACACCUCUGAGGAUGGCGUCUGCACACUGGUGAUCAUCAACAUGUCAGCCAUAGACACUGGGGUCUAUACAUGUGAGGUGGUCAACAAGUUUGGUGUGACCUCAUAUAAUGGCAACAUUACUGUGGGUCAAACUCAAAACCCUCCACCCUCCACCCAGAGGCCUGCAGCCCCAGCACAGCCCUCCACCCCUUCUGUGCAUCCAGUCCUGGCCUCUGUUGGCCCUCUCCAGCAAGCCCAGACCUCCACCUCUGGGAAGGAGACUAUGGAUUCUGUGGAGAGUGAGGAGAUCUCCCUGUGGCAGGCCUACAACCUGACCGAGGAGGAUCCCCGCAAUACCCUGCAGGAGAGGAGGAGAGCCUCACUCAUCUCCGCGAGCUCUAUGUCUAGUCCCUCAGACUACGACACAGCUCCAGAUUUCAUAGAGCCUGUUGACAUCACCCCCAAAGAUCCCUGCAGGGAAAAGGAAGAGGACCAGUUACCCCAUAAGGAUAAAGAACAGAAAGUCACCCCUCAACCACCAAAGAGGCAUUUGAAGGUCAAAGCUACUGAUGCCAAGCUGAGGACUCUGUCCCCGAAACACCACUGUGCCCACACGCCUGCUGCUCUCACAGGUUCUGGCUCAGAGUCAGAUGGUGAAGAGGACAGAAGAGAGACAUUUGAUAUCUAUGUGGCCAGAGCUAACUGCAACUCUCAACAAGGUGGCAACAAGGAGAGCUUUGUGUUGAAGGAGGGACAGUAUGUGGAGGUCUUGGACUCUGUCCACCCUGAGAAGUGGCUGGUCCGUACCAAACCCUCCAAAAACAGCCCCUCACGCCAAGGAUGGGUCUCCCCUGCAUACCUGGAGAAGAAGAGAAAGGAAACAUUCCCACAAGUGAGGACACCACAACAGGAGAUGGAUGGAUCAGGUUCUAUAGAGGAAGAGUACAGAAGAACAUUAAGCCAAUUGAUCCAGGGGCUGAUUGAUGGGGAGGAAGAGUUUGUGAAGGAGAUGAAGGACUUUACAUCCCACUACCUGCACCACUUAGACACUAGCCCUCAUGUCCCCAUCAACAUCAUCAACCAGAAAGAAACUAUCUUCCGCAAUAUCAAGGACAUCAUGGCUUUACACGAGAGGUCUAUUCUGCCCAGCCUCAGCGAGUGUUCUACUGAUGAUGACGUGGCCAUGCACCUGGUCAAACACGCAGAGGACUUUCAGAAGUAUCUGCAGUACAUGAUGGGCCAAACACAGGCAGAGGCCUGUGUCACUGACAAGACCAUCCAGCAGUACUUCAAGCAGAACACGAGAACAGAGCCUGAGCACUCCGAAACUGCAGUGCUGGAUGUCAUCACCUUCUUACAGAGACCAGCGGAGAGGAUUCAGACCUACCAGGCCUUGCUCAAGGAGCUGAUCAAGAACAAGGCUAAGUGUGGGAAAAGCUGCUGUCUGCUGGAGGAUGCAUUCUCCAUGGUGUCCUGUCUGCCCUGGCGUUCUGACAACCUGCACCAGGUGUCUCUGAUUGAGAACUACCCUGCCCCACUCACUGCACUGGGAGAACCCGUCCGCCAGGGUCCCUUCACUGUGUGGGAGGAGUCUCCUGAGAUUAAGACGUCCUCCCGGGGGCACCAGAGGCAGGUGUUUCUCUUUAAGGACUGUGUCCUCCUUUGUAAGCUCAAGAGAGACCCCGGCAUGAACUCUGACACCUACGCCUUCAAGAACAAGAUGAAGCUGAAUGACGUGGAGGUGAAGGAGAUGGUGGGGGGAGAUGAGAAGUCCUGGGAGCUGUGGCAUGAGCACCGCGGCUCAGUGAGGAGGUACACACUGCAGGGUCAUUCCACCUUGCUCAAGCUGUCCUGGCUCAAAGACCUGAGAGAGCUGCAGCAACGCUCCAGCCUGACUACUUCUAGUCCACCAGAGUUCAAAGUUCUCCUGGCUGACUGCACAACAAAGAUCGGGCAGACAAUCAAAUUGGCAUGCAAAGUCACAGGAACACCCAAACCAGUGGUCAGCUGGUUCAAAGAUGGCCUGGUCCUAGAGGACGGCCCUCACCACAUCAUCACUGCAGACCGGACAGGAACCUGCUGUCUCAUCCUGGACGGGGUCACUCCCAAGGACUCUGGACAGUACGUGUGCUAUGCCUCCAGCCCCGUGGGUCAUGCUAGCACACUGGCCAAGAUGGUGGUGGACGCACCUCCCAGGUUCAUUACUAGGCUGCAGAGUGCAUGUCUGAUGGAGGGAGAGGAAGUUCAGUUUACCUGCUCCACGCACAGCACACCUCUACCCCGAGUCAGGUGGUUUAAGGAUGCCAGAGAGCUGUCAGACCAGAGGAAGUACCACAUAGAGAGUGACGCCCGCAGUGGGAUCCUCACUCUCACCAUAAUGAACCCUGGAGAGACAGACCUGGGACGGUAUGAGUGUGAGCUGUGGAACCAGUUGGGUAGUGCCAAGAGUAAAGCAGAGCUGUGCGCCGCCUUCACACAAGUGAUUGACAGUGAACCUGACCAACCACAGGUCCUCUUGACCAACGGUAGGAGAGUUCCACCCAAUCAAGACUCAGAUGGCUGGUCCACUGCCAUGGUGAAGCAAUGGCUUCAGACAGAUUUCAGCCCCACAUCUAUCGUCAAAAUGCUCUUCCAGCCUGGAUAUGCUAAGCCAGCUGAGGGUGGUCCAGAGGAAAGGGACCCCACCACCAGAGGCCACGUGGAGGUGCCCCAGUUCCCCAAUGAUCUUGAGGAAAGACCAGAGGUUGAGGAGGAACUUUAUCUCCCUGAGACCAUACAGGAAAUGCCAACAGCUCCUCCCUCCACUCAGGUGCCGGCAGAGGACCUAUGUGUGGAGUCUGGCCAAUCAGCUACCUUCACCAUCAUCAUCACAGGAAGGCCAACCCCCGAGAUUCAGUGGUACAAGGAUGGAGAGGAGCUGUUGGCCAAUGAGAAUGUGGAGGUGCUCCAGAAUGGUGCCCGCUGCUCUCUGACUGUGCUGUACCCGGAGAGCGAGGAUGGUGGCAUCUACACCUGCUGGGCCUAUAACGACUCCGGACACACAUCCUGUCAGGCUCAGCUCACAGUGGAGGAGGGUCCACUGGAGUCGCAGGAGAGAGAGGUGGAGCUUGGGAAGAGGAGGAAGCUGCUCUCUGUGUAUGACGUCCAUGAGGAGAUAGGGAGAGGCACAUAUGGGGUGGUGAAGCGGGUUACCCACAGGAGGACUGGCGAGGGCUUUGCCGCCAAGUUCCUGCCCCUGAGGAGCAGUACGAGGACCAGGGCCUUCCAGGAGAGAGACCUGCUCUCCCGGUUGGCUCACCCCAGGGUGUCCUGUCUGCUGGACUUCUUCUCUACACGCAGGACCCUGGUCCUGGUCACUGAAGCCUGCUCUUCUUAUGGUCUUCUUGAUCAUCUGCUGUUGAAGGGAUCGGUCAGUGAGAUAGAGGUGCAGAUGUACGUUCAGCAAAUCCUGGAGGGAGUUGGUCACAUCCACAGCAUGAACAUUCUUCAUCUGGACAUCAAACCGGACAAUAUCCUAAUGGUGUUUCCACCCAGAGAGGAGAUCAAGAUCUGUGACUUUGGCUUCUGUCAAGAGAUGGACACUUCCAGACACCAGUAUAGCCAGUUUGGCACUCCAGAGUUUGUAGCACCUGAGAUCAUACAUCAAGACCCUGUCACUAUGGCAAGUGACAUCUGGUCCAUUGGUGUUGUGGCGUAUUUAUGUCUGAUGUGCCGCUGUCCAUUUGUGGGGGAGACGGACCGGGCCACUCUGCUGAAGGUGGGGGAGGGGACACUGAACUGGGACGCACCUGACCUCAUCUACAGGAGCACAGAGGCCCAGGACUUCCUCCGUAUGGUCCUGCAGCCAGACCCAGAAAAGCGACCAACUGCAUUUGAGUGUCUGGGGCAUGAAUGGUUCCAAAGCGAGGAUGAAACUGAUGUCAUCAACACAAGGGCUUUGAAAGUCUUUAUCUCAAGGAGGAAAUGGCAGCGUUCUCUGACCUGCCUGGGCUCUGUCCUCACCCUGAGGUCCAUCCCAGAGCUGCUCGAUGCCCCUCCUCGGGAGACCUCUGUCACAGCCCCGCGGGACCCCCACGAGCCCAGCAGCACCUCAAUGAGCAGCGGCUCCUCCUCGGAGUACGACGAGGCCGACGCCUGGGACUUCUUCCACCACUGCACCACCACAGAGGAGGAUGAAGAUGAGGAGGAGGAAGACUUCGAUCUCCUCAUGGAGAGAGCCAGGAUCCCUGAGCCCUUCGCCAAGCUUAAAUUGGACGAAGAGGAGGAGGAGAGGAUCAUGGAGGAAGAGGAGAUGGGAGGACAGAGUAUCAUGCUAGAAAGGAGCAUAAGCAGGCAGUCCGUAAGGUCCUCGGACACCUCCAGGCAGCCAACCCCCCAGAGGGAAAGGAGGGUCAGCCGAGACAGCAGCCCAUCCUUGUACUUCUCCGAGGGUGAUGACAGCUCCAUUUCCGGGAGUGAAGGAGGGCGCAUCGCCAGGAGCAGCCUGAUCCACAGCACCUUCUAUGACAACUCCGCGCAGCUCUCGCCCAUGUCCGCCCGCCACAUGACCCUCAGGGACAAGUUCCAGGCCAAAAAACAGGAGAGGGGCCGCAAACCGCACCGCAGCAGCCUCUCUAGCCGCCUUAACGAGCCGCUCAUUGAGUACAUGGAGGACGAGGGAGAUACCAAUCACGGGCAAAGGCGAGGGUCUUUGCAGUCGUCCAUGCUCAAGUCUUGCUCCUUCGACAGCGGGCUCGGCCUCUCGCACAAUGCACCCCCGCACAGGAGGAGCAGGUCGUUGGACGACUACUCCCGACGCUCACCAGGAUCCGCCAAACGCAGUGAAGAGGAAGGUGCUUUGAGUCUUAAGGAGGAUUUCACUGAUGAAGAGGAGGAUAAGAGCUUAGUCGUUGCCCCUCCCCAGAUCAAAGGUAGAAGAGGUUCAGUGGCAGUGGCUCCCGCACAGCUUAUAGCCAAGCUUCAGAAACGGGGUGCAAAAUUGCCCCAUGCUGGUCAAGAAAAGAGCCCUAUGCCAGAGCAGGGGAGACCAGGGGAGGAGGAAGUGGAGAACUUGGCUGGCUCGCAGGGCUCCCUGGCUGAGUCCUUCAUCCUCGAGCAUGGCUCUGAGGCCUCCAGCAGGCUGGGCUCCUGUGAUGAUAUGUCCCACGGACACCCUUUUGCCACACAUGGAGGGAGAGCAGGGGAUGAGUAUGAUGACCAGGAGGAGCCCCUGAUCACCCCGUCCCCCUGCUCCCUGCUCCAGGUAUCUGAGGUUGAGGAUGCUGAGCAGGAGCCCCAGCGCCAGAGAGGCCAAAUUCAGAUCCCACCGAGAAGGACAACACACCCCAACCAGAACCCAACGGACAGAAAUAAGGGUGCGGUAGAGAGGAAGGUCCUGCCGGUGAAACCCAGUCCCAGUCUGUCCAUCAAGGCCCCAGAGAGGCCCCCAAGGGCCAGAGACACAAAGGCACGACUCCAGAGGCAUGCGUCCACACCGGCCCUCGAGGCCAAACCGCCCACGGGGAAGUCUCCUAGGAUGUCACCCAAAGUUGGGUUAAUGAAUCUGUUCCGCAGGCAGUCCUGGGCAGGGCAUUCCUACUCCCAAUUGGAGGGCGCGGAGCAGGGACCCACACUAGGGGAAUUGGAGCCCCAAACCCCCACCAUGUCACUAAAGAAAAAGAUGAGGGCAUCAGCCUCUAGCCUCACCAAGCUGUUCACUAAAUCGUCCAGCAAGGAGGACUUAACGAAGGGAGGGCCGAUUGUAAAGGGUUCAUAUCCUGUUCCGCCUGAGCAAGAGGCAAGCCCUGGCUUGGAGAGCCCAAAAAAGAAAUCCAAGUUCUUCUCCUUCAAAAUACCCAAAAUACCUGCAUUCAAAAAGAACAAAGAAAUGCCUAUCCGCCCCACCAGGCCGGAUGUGCACCAGUUGGAGGCAGGUGGAUUUCUGCUGGUAUGGAGACCAAUGCAGUCCAGCGACCCAGUGGUUUACGGUGUUCAGUACAGCACAGAUGGUGUGGAGUGGAAGCUCCUGUCGGAGGAGGUGACAGACAGUUGCUACGUGGUGAAGGACUUACCCAGAGGAGCAGGGUACGUGUUCAGGGUUGGCUGCAUCAUCAAGACAGGCACAGGACCUUUUAGUGACCCUUCUCCACCUGUUGUUAUGGCAACCCAUCCUGAAGAGACCCACAUUCCCCUCAUCCAGACAGAGUCCCCAGGUUCAAAGGGCAGUAGGUCAGGAGGUCAACCUAGCCACAAGACCUACAGCUUCCACUCGGAGAUCAACAGGGGCCGUUUCAGCGUGGUGACCCAGUGUCAGGACAGCCAGAGCCAGCAGCUGUUUGCUGCCAAGAUCACCCCCUGCAGGCCAGAGAAGAGACAGCUGGUGCUCAGAGAGUACCAGCUGCUGAAGAGGCUCAACCACCCCAACCUGGUGCAGCUGCACACAGCGUACAUAACCCCUUACUACCUGGUGCUCAUCCAAGAGCUGUGUGCCGGCAGAGAGCUGCUCUACAACCUGGCUGAGAGAGACCUGUAUUCUGAGCUCCAUGUAGCAGAGUUGCUGGCUCAGAUCCUGAGUGCCGUGGACUACCUGCACGGCCAUCGCGUUGUCCACUUGGACCUCAAGUCAGACAACAUGCUGGUGACGGACUGCAACAUGCUGAAGAUCGUAGACCUGGGCUCCGCUCAGUCCUUCACGCCCGGACAGACACUCAACAUAGAGCAUAUUCAGGGACAAGAGAAAGUUUACAUUGUCCUUCCUAAAGCUCCGGAAAUCCUUGACGGACAAGGAGUCGGACCUGAGACUGACAUCUGGGCUAUUGGGGUGUUAGCUUUUAUAAUGUUGAGUGCAGAUAGCCCGUUCCACUCAGACCUCAACUGGGAGAGGGACAGAAACAUCCGGAAGGGGAAGAUCCAGUUUGGCCGAUGCUACCCUGGCCUGUCAGAGGCAGCAAUCACCUUCAUGAAGAACACACUGAGCAACAAGGCCUGGGCCAGACCCUCAGCGGCUGAGUGCCUCCAGAUCCCGUGGGUACGGGGUGAGCGGGCCACCUCCAAACACAGAGACUCCAUCUUGUGUUUCUCCACCGACAAGCUGCAAGCCUUCCUCAAGGAGAGACAGGUGAAACGAGACCAGGUCCGCACCAAGCUGCAAGGCCCGUUCUUCCAUUGAUCUGCUCUUCCAGUAGACUGUUAUGAAAUACAUGAACUGGACUUGGAUGCCUCUUCAUAGCCCAGAUCCUGGUCACAAAUAUGUGAUGUCUUACAAAUGUUAACCUAAAAUGGAAACUGGUCAAAUGUGUAUGUAUUAAUGGCUGUCUAAAGUUAAGUGUUUGUCUGAAUGAGUUUGGCUUUGGUUGAAUUACAGCAUCAUAAUAUCAGGGAAAUGUUUAGUUAGAUGCUUUAUGCAAAUACAGUUGCACGAGUUUGAAAACGUGAAAACAUUGUUCCUUUGAGUUUGCGGCAUUGGACAUGACAAAAGUUAAUAUUUCAUGAGCUAGAUUUGUAGAUUUUGUGAUUUAUUAGCCAAAGCGACAGAUAAGAGGGUUCAUGUGCCCAAAGCAUAGCAAGGGCCCCUACCAGCAUAAAGCUUUGUCUCACAGAGAGAGGAACGUUGAAAUCCCUAUCGGUAGAUACAUAUAAACAGAUAUUUAAAUAUACACUGUAUAGAUAUUUAGGAGUGAAAUAUUUACACGAUUGCAAUGUUUUACAUGUUUUCAAUUGUCUUGUUAUAUUGUAUAAAUGGAGAAUAUGAUCAUGAGUAAAUCAAGCAUUUUUGAUGAUC